ACCAGUCACUCCCUCACUGUUCACGUGCAGCUGUGCUGGCUAGGCACGGUCUCUAUCCGGUGAAGUUGAUGCUUUUUGGAAGCUUGAUCUUGCUUGGCGAUCCUGUGAACCACUACUCGCAGCAUCAGCAGCAGAAAUGGCAAUGGAGGUUGAAUAGAGCAUGCCGAUUGAGCACGAACAUACACGCGUAAACAAAUUUAAUAAAUAGCUAACGGGAUAUAAAACAUAAGUGGUCUCCUGUGAAAGAGAGGAUAAAGCAGGGCAAAUUCCAGCCAUUCAAAAGGCUGUUUGGUAAAAAGAGAAGGAAGGACUCAGGAACAGUCUUGGUGGAGGCACAGCUCAAAACCAGUCAGUCCACAGGGGAUGUUUGCAAUGGGGGCCUGUCAGAGGAUGACAAAACCAACAAACAUUUAAGGUCGCUAAACAACAUGGGUACUCGUGCUUUUUCACAUGACAGUAUUUUUAUCCCAGAAGGUCCAGAAGACAGGAGUUCUGAGGAAGCCAUGUCCCAAGAAAACAUCACUGACAAAGUCAAAAGCCUCCAGAGACAAAUAGCCCACAAUAUAAAAUUUGGCCAGAAACCAAUGUCCGUCUCUGUGAGAAAUACAGACGAUGCUGGAGGGAGUUCUGAGGAUGAGGAGCUACCAAGAAACCCUGUUAAGGUCAUUGCACAGAUGGAAGCGAAGCCUUCAGAUUCAGGAACACAGCCCAUUGAUCUUCCCAAACACAGUCCUUUAUCCAAAGCAGGAAUAGGCAGUGGUGAAGAAAAGCAGGCUACUCCAGUCAAAUCUCUGAGGCCAAAACGAACAUUAUCAGCAGCAGGCACAAUUGAAUCUAUUAACCUUGAUGCAGUCCCUUUUUCUGGAUCCCGUCUGGAUAACACUGCUGCUAAACACAAACUAUCGAUAAAGCCAAAAAACCAGAGAGCAUCCAAGAAACACCAGAGACUACCACCGGACCAACAAGACCUUCUUCUUCCUGAGUUAGAGGAGACAAAAGGUAAAAAGCAUGCAGAAGUAAAAAGUAAACAGGAAGAAUACAAGCAUAACCAAUCCAAGGAACAAAAGAGGUACAAUGAAGAACACGAGCUUAGAGGAUCAAAAGAGGAGAGAAAAAGACAUGAGGAACAUGAGAAACUGCCUGAAUCCAAGAAACAGAAACUUAAAGAGGAACAGAGUCUAAUGGAAGAAGAACAAGCUCUACAUGAAGAAGUUGAAUGUGAAUUGGAUGAAAAAAAGCAGUAUGAAAUUGAGGGACAGAUGGCACGUGAAGCAAAAGAACAACAUCAGCGUCAGAUGGAAGAAAUUAGGCUGCUUGAGGCUAAAGAACAGAAGCUGCGUGAAAUUGAGGAACAGAGGCAACGUGAGGCUGAAGAACUGAGGCUGCAUGAAAUAGAGGAACAGAGGCAGCGUGAAGCUGAAGAAAAGAGGAUGCGUGAAAUUGAGGAAAAUAGGAAACGUGAGCAAGAGGAACAGAGGCAACGUGAUGCUGCAGAACUGAGGCUGCGUGAAAUAGAGGAACAGAGGCAGCGUGAAGCUGAAGAAAAGAGGAUGCGUGAAAUUGAGGAAAAUAGGAAACGUGAGCAAGAGGAACAGAGGCAACGUGAUGCUGCAGAACUGAGGCUGCGUGAAAUAGAGGAAGAGAGGCAACGCGAAGCUGAAGAAAAGAGGCAACAUGAAGCUGAGGAGCAGAAGCUUAGAGAAAUGGAAGAACUCCGACUUCAAGAGCUUGAAAGAAAAAAGAAACAGGAAGAACAAAUAGCAGAGGAACAGAAGAAGAAAGAAGGAAAGGAAAAGCAAGAAGAACUAAAACAAGAAGAUAUUGAAGAUAUAAGAAAACACAAUAAAGAAGAGGAAGGGAAAAACAAUGAAGCGAAGAGACAAAAGCAAGAGGAUUUUAAAAAAACCCUUAAUCCUCAAGAACAGGAAAGAUUAGGAGAGGAACUUAGGUGGCAGGAAAUGGAGGAGAGACAGACCAUGCCAAGACCUUUCACAUUUAAAGUAUCCUCUGGAGAAAAGCAAAUUAUAUUUCAGAAGGUUAACCUAUCGCCAGUGACACCCAUAAACCAGUUAGCCAGUCCACCAGGUACAGAGUCAAAGUCUUCACCAAAAGCAAAUAAAGGUUCUCAUUCCUUGCCAUCUUCAUUGUAUGUUCCUCACACAGCUAUUUUGGUAACAGGAGCCCAGCUUUGUGGCACAGCGGUGAAUUUGAACCAGAUUAAGGAUACAGCCUGUAAGUCUUUACUUGGUUUAGGUGAAGACAAGAAAGACAGGGAUAUACCCCCUGUUGAACAUGUAAAUAAAUAUUCUCCUGAAGGAAAACUUAGAAGUAGAACAAGAUCCACCCAUGAGCCAACAGAUAACCAGUCGAGUGCUGCAAUAUUAGCAGAGUGGGCCACUAUCAGGUCUAGGAUCCUUAAAAGUGCAGAAAAUGGAAAGCAGUCUGAGAGAGAAGUAAGACGUCAUGGUAGACUUAGUGAUGACUACACCCAAAAAGGAGUUACUGGUUUACACAACAACCUUAGGAAAACAAUGUCUGCAAAUGCAAAGUUCUCUAUUACACCUGCAUGGCAGAAGUUUACAGAUGGCUCCAAAGUCAGUGAGAACAUAAAUACAAAUCCUGUGUAUGAAAUAGAAAAAGAAAGUACAAAAACAGGGGCUGUGUCUCUAGCGCUGGAUUCAGCUGAAUCUCCCCUGUUAGCUGCUAAAACUAAAGACAGUGGAUCCCAAGAUAAAGUUGUGAAGUCAGUAAGGAUUAUGGAUAGCACCGAAGGUUGUGUAUUUGCCAAAGAUCUUCCAUCUUUUCUGGUCCCAAGCCCUCCUCAUAUUUCAAACAAAGGACGUUUGCUGUCUGAACCCCAGAGCCCUCUGGAGAAUCAAGAUGUAGUCAAUCCUCUGAAAAAAGUAGAAGGAACUGACAAAAAGGGACAGAAUAUUAAUGAGAAACCUUCUCCUUUUGGCAUCAAGUUGAGAAGGACAAACUACUCUCUUAGGUUUCACAGUGAACAGCAGGCAGAUCACAAAAAAAAGAAAAGAUACAGUGCUGGAGACAGUUUUGAAGGUAUCCCAACUCCUCUCAUCCCAUUUGGCCAUGAAAGAGAAAUACCUGUGUUUUCCAAUAGUCCACCUUCCACACCAUCAGUCAGAGAAACAACAGACAACAGUGCCACUGAUGUUCCACAAAAUGCAGCAGAACCAAAGUUGACACCAACUAAAAUUAGCAUUCCAGUAUUAUGCAGUGAAAGUGAAAAGCUUCCCUUGAAAUCCCCUCUUUACCAGAAACCAUUUCUCGCCCCCAAACCUGUCCUUGUUACCCGGCCAUCUUCCCCCCUUGCUAAAAUGGACACAUUCAGUUUUGGUGGGACUGUAGCUCAAAGGAUUACAAAAGAUUUAGCUGAAGAACAGAAAAAGGAAGAAAUUAAGGCUGAUGCCUCGCAAAAGAGCCGCCAUGAUGAGGAAGAGAUGAAGGAAAAAAGGUCAUUCUUCCCAUCCAUUAACAUACCUUGGAGGGAAAAAACAGACAGGAAAACAGAGCUUAUCAGGAGAGAAAAGCCCAGUCUUCAUAGCAGACAUUCUCUCGAUAGCUGCAAGACUACAGAAAAAGGGGACUCGCCGCAGCCCCUGUGGAUCACCCUGGCCCUGCAGAAACAGAAGGGCUUCAGAGAGCAGCAGUCCUCUCGAGAGGAGAGAAAGCAGGCGAAAGAGGCCAGGCUGGUCGAAAAACAAUUAAAAGACAGUGUAAGAGAGUGUGACAGUAGCGUGGUUAUUAGUCCAACUGAUAAAAAAGGAGGCAGUUAUAAUCAAGGAUUGCAGAAACCUCCAGUUCAGGAUGAAGAAAAGAAACCUGACACUAUUUUAACCAGAUUUGAACGUAGGGAACAACUGAAAAAGUCCAAUACACUUCCUAAUUCUGUUACAGUGGAAAUUUCAGACUCGGCUUCCUUGGCCCCAUCAGUGACCAAGAGAUUUUCGAGUUCAGAUGCAGCUCAAGUGUCAACAGAACCUGCUUGGCUGGCCCUGGCCAAGAGGAAAGCAAAGGCUUGGAGCGAUUGUCCGCAGAUUAUCAAAUAGCGAAGUCUCACAAACAGUACCUGCCGUAUCACUGUUGCUUGUUUACUACUUUUCUACAUUUUUAUUGUGUUACUUUUACAUACUAGGGAUCACAACCAGGGUUGACCACAUCUCACUUUUAGGCCAUGAAAGGUCUUGGCCCAGAACAGUCAAACAUAAGAUUGCGUUGGGUCUGCAGCUUGUAUGGAAUGACUUUAUAUGCUUUUAUGGGUAUCAGCUGCCAUUUUCAGCCAAACAGAGCAACUGGGCCAAACCUGUGUCUUAUUAAACAAUCUUCUCUUAUUUUAAAGAAAUAUAUGAACAAAGCAUGUCUUGAAAGGCCCAGUGUCCAAAACCUUGUAAGUAUAAUACAGCUUGAACAACGAUGUAUUUCUCCUAGUUUUUGACAUGUCUAUCAUGUCUGCUUGAUGCUUUAGCUGCAAUAAACCAGCAGGCAGCAAUGUCUUAAGGGCUAGCAUUGCACAAAGAAAAUACCCUGUCUAGUGAAGGGAGGCCUUGCCACCCCAGCACUUCAUUCUAUAAUAAACGGAUUAAGUUGUUUACCACAAGUGUGCAAAUGUGAAUAGAAAUGAAGCAAAGUGGUGGUUCAGGCAGGGAACUCACUUUUAAUCAGUCAAUCAAAUGAAGCUUAUUAAGCAUUGAUAACCAGACAAUUGUCAAUUGAAAUAGCAUGACCUUAUAGCUAACCAUGUAAUUACCUGUCCAGUGAUCGUCAGGGAAAGGAUUCAAAUCUUACCUGAUCCAUUACCUCCCUGCUGCGAGUUAGAGUUUGCCUCCUCCACUGACUUGACCUGUUUUUUGGCUUCAUCAAAGGGGGAGGGCAGCUAUCUGCCCCCUGCCCAUGGCGUCCCUACAGUCAGCCUGUCCACUUAUCAGCGGAAACAUUUAUGGGCAGGGGUUCCCUGAAGUGAGGCCAAAGGCCAAAGAUGUAUUAUAUGUUAAAUGUGUUAUCCUAGAACGUAUAAUAUGCAUAAAAGUGUUAGCGUGUCUAAUCUGUAAUAAAUAUUUUAUCCAUCGCAUGAGUUCCCUUACUGAAUUGUUCUUAUGUUGAAAGUUAAGUCAUAAAGAUUUGCUUUAGACAUUUAAUUACAGAACUGCUCAGACAAUUGACAUACAGAUCUUUAUUAACAUUUUAUUUACCGUCACAGUACAAAAUACUAAUGAUUUGAACCACUUGUUUUAUUACAGAGCUUAGAAAUAGAUACGUAUGAGAGAUGCGUGCAAAAAACAUUUUACAUGUAUUUGUUUCAAGACAUUCAUUGUAAAUACAAUUAUUUUAAACGUUCUUGGUUUUGUUUGGUAUGAGUGAUUUCCAGUGACCUCUGAUAAGAAAGCAAAUAUCUAGUCGGACAAUAUGUAAACUUUUGUUUUUAACUUGUCACAUAGGUUUAGCACUAAGAGAGUUGCACUAAAACACAAAAGUAUAAUUGUACUGUGGUUUAUGAUAUGCUUAACAAUAAAUAUCACUUGCACCAUAACGUAUUUAAUACAAUGUUCAUCUUUUUUUUUUUUUUAAAUCUAAAACAAUUACAGAAAAUAUCCUAUUGCUGCUUAACAGCAUGAAUCAAUGGUAUGUUUUAUGUCACUUAAUGAGAUCUUUGCAAGCAGAUUAUAUGUUCAUCACUAUGAUAGCUGCUUGUGCUAUGUAAAAAGUAACAAGUUAUAUAAAACCAUAGAUGUAUGUAUAAAAGUAAUUUUAUGGUACAUUAAUGUAGUUUUAUUUAAUUUUUAAAUUGUUCCAAAGUGCAAUUUGUCUUUUUUCUAUUUCAAUUGUAUAUGUAAUUGUGUAGUGUAAUCAUAGUGUGUUAUUGCACAUGUAAUAAAGUUAUCUUUUAUUAACUGCA